UCGCGAUAGUAGUUAUUUAAGUCUCCGUUAGAUCGAAUGCUGUUUUAGUCGUUCUGUUAGAUUGCAUCUUGAUAGAAACGAGAUGAAAGCUUCCCUGCUAGGAUUACUCACCCUUUGCGGGCUUAUUUCGUCGAUUGUGGCACAGGAUGCCGCCUGCACGACUCCGGAUCGCAAACCGGGACUUUGCGUGGAAAUCAGUCGCUGCCAAAACAUCUACAGUAUUGUGUCCAGUCCAAACCCGAAUCCGGUGUAUGACAAAUACAUCCGGGCGAUUGCGUGUACCGUGCCGGGUGAAGCUCGCAGUGUUUGCUGUAGACCGUCGGAAGUGGUGGCAAAAUCCACGACCACGACGACGACGACCACUCCGGUUGUUCCGGUGAUUCGGGUGGACCAGGAGGACAAGUUGGCACUGUUGCCGGAAGAGUGCGGCAAAACCACCGCCGACCGGAUAUCCCGCGGCAACGUGACCAAAGUGUUUGACCACCCCUGGAUGGUUUUGCUGCAGUAUCGGCACAAGGGUGCAGUUAUCGGGGGUUGUGGUGGGUCGUUGAUUAACGAGCGAUACGUUCUUACGGCUGCGCACUGCAUUCGGACGAGAAGUUCGCUUCAGCUGAUUAACGCCAGGCUCGGUGAACACACGCGCAACAGCGCCAUCGACUGCAACGUGUACCUGGACCCGGAGGGCAACGAAAUCGAGCGCGAUUGCGCCGACCCAGCCGAGGACUACGCCGUCGAAUCGUUCGUGGUGCAUCCGGAUUUUAACCGGCCACGACGCUUCAGCAACGACAUCGGCCUCAUCCGGCUGGACCGGACCGUUGUGAUGAAGCACCACAUCCAGCCGCUGUGUCUUCCGGUUACGGAAGAUCUCCGCACCAAGCAGUUCAAAAAGUACCUCGUGACCGGUUGGGGUGCCACGGAAAAUCAAACAGGAUCGGACGUUUUGCUCAAAGCUGUGGUCCCGCGAGUCAGCAAUGAAGUCUGCCAACAGCGGAUGGUCGAGAAUCGGCUCAACAUUCAGCUGACCGAGCUGCAGUUGUGCGCUGGAGGCCAGGAUCUGGUGGACACGUGCAGCGGCGAUUCCGGUGGUCCGCUCGGCAUGAGCUCCAACUUAAAGGGCGUCGAUCGGUUCGUGCAGUACGGCGUCGUGUCCGCUGGAGUAAAUUCCUGUGGUCAGAAGAGCGUGCCCGGGAUCUACGCCCGCGUUGUCAAUUACAUGGACUGGAUCCUGGACAACAUCCAGCCAUAGUCCUAUUCAACUCAAUUCUUUAGAUAUUAAACACUCAAAUAAAUGCAACUGAAAGACUACCGAUUUCGAAAA